CCCCUGCUAUCUCAAUCGAACUAACUGUUGUCAAGACAUCUGUCACAACAUCCAACGCACCAUUUGUAUGCCGCAACGAUGAGCGACAAGACACUGAACGCGGCGCAGGCUGCGGGGUGUCAGACCCCGUUGCCGACCCGGAAGCGAGCAUGGGCCCCGGGAUCGGUCACCCCCAACCUCUAUUCCGCGGCCAAGAAGAGGCGGCGGAUGUCCCUCGCGGACGAGGACAAUGCAGACUUCGAGGCCUUUGGCGCAGAGCUUGGAUCUGCGAGCAAGGUCGAUGUGUCCGACCGCUUCAUUUCUGCACGGAAAGACCGCGCAUUGCCCCUCCAGACCACGCCGCGCACACAGCGGAUAGCCAAGCUUUUCGGCCUUGCCGACGACCGCGUCCUCAACUUCACCGACACGAACACUGACAAGAAGUCAAACAACUCGUACCUCAACCGACAUCGCUUCAACUUCCACCAGCUUCUCAAAAAGCCGCACGUCGUUCCGUCGACAUCCGCAGAGGCGCACCUUGGGUCGCGGAAGCAGUUCAUCCUCGCCCUGGACGGGCCUGGCAUCCCCUCCGACCUCUUCGCCUACCCGAUAUCGUGGUCCGCGCGGAACGCGAUCGCAGUGGCAUGCGGCUUCGAUGUGUACUACCAGGAGCUCGACUCCAGGAAGAUCUCGCACCUCUUCAAGCUCCCGCAGCGACAGCGAGGGCGGCUGAUCAGCAUCGAAUGGUCGCCGAGUCGCCCGAACCUCAUCGCCGCGGGGACGAUGAACGGCGAGAUGCAGCUCUGGGACGCGGACGCGACAGCGCAGCUCGGGGUGUGGCAGGAGGAGGGCGACGCGGACGUCGGCGGGCUCAGCUGGCACGAGAGCACGCUCGCCGUCGGGCUGGGUGACGGAGCGAUAUCGCUGCAUGAUACACGCUCCCCGGCCCGAAUAGGUAGGCUCGAGAUGCACAGGGACAAGGUGCACGGGCUCCGGUGGCGGCACGAUGGGAACUACUUGGCGAGCAGCGACCAGGCGGGCGUAGUGCAGAUCUGGGACGCGCGCGCGAGCAAGUCGCUCACGCUCUCGAACCGGUGGGGCAGCAAGAUCAAGCACCACGCGCCGAUCAAGGCAAGCGCUCUAGCGUGGUGCCCGUGGAAGCCCGAGCUGCUCGCGACCGGCACUAUGCACCCCGACGGCAAGGUCCGCGUCUGGAACAUCAACAGCACGAUCGGCACCGCGCCCCCGGCGCACAUCAUCCCGCUCAACACGUCCGUCACCUCCCUCCUCUGGUCCCCGCACUGCAAGGAGCUCCUCUCCACGCACGGCAUGUCCUGGGUGCCUCGCGGCGGCGCGAGCGACUCGUGCCCCAACCUCGCCUCCUCCUCUGCCGCCGCUGGCUCCUCCUCCAUGGACCCCGGCAACGGCAACCCAGGCCGCCGCCGGCACCGCGACCGCGAGCGGCCGGUGGCCGCAAAGACGGUGCUGACGAACUCGUUGACGGUGCACGCGUACCCGAGCCUGCGGCGCGUCGUGAGCGUGCCGGCGCACACGGGCCCCGUGGGCCACAGCUGCCUGAGCCCGGACGGGACGAUGGUGUUCACGAUCUGCCCUGCGGAGGAGGCGAUGAAGAUGUGGCGCGUGUGGGGCGUGCCCGAGAAGGCGGAGCGGAGGGAGAGCGUGUUCGACAGGUGUACGAUCCGGUGAGCGCGAGGAUGAGGGUGAGCGCGAGACAGGUGCGGUCCGCGAGACGUCGCUGUGCUAGGUCGGCCGUUGAAUUGCGGGGCGUGGUGUAGGUUGAUCGUGUUGGCCUUCGUGGCUGCUCGGACCAAGUAGGUACAAAUGCCGAUGCUGUGCGUGCGCUCUUUGUAACGAUUGCGGGACGUUGUGGGUGCUCUCCCGCGACGCUCGCUGUGUUCUGUGCCAUGUCUCUUUGUAACCACAUACUUUGCUGUAGCUGGCACGUUGCUUUAUACAUAUGUCCAUC